CAUCGCGGGUCCUUCAGCUUCCUCGGACCUGGUAUCUACGAUCGAGCCUCAGCGGCCACCUGUAGUGAAGACGUCAGAGCCCGUAGGCCCCCCCAUGUGUCACCCCGUCCCCCGUCAGCCCUGUGCCCGGCCCCGCUGACAGCCGUGCCCUGGAGGCUCCCCCUCUGCCCUGACCGCAGCCCCGGGACUUGUCACUCCUGUGCGAUCAGCUGGUCACCGUGAAGUGCUGCCUCAUGUAAUGCAGGAAGACCGUGCAGCCUGAUGUCCUCCCCGGAGGACCGCCGACAUGGUCCAGCAGAUACCCACAGGAGUAUGGAGACCUGGCACUGCCACCUGCCACUGACUAGAAAUGCUCAGAGCACCUAUGCAGUUCUGGGGAUAAAGCCCACAUCCAGCUGGGAACAUGAUAAAUCAUUGAGACUGAGAAGUGACGGAACCUGCAGCCUCACAUACUAUCAGCCAAAACAAUGACUGGUCACUCAUUUAUCUCCUUGGAUCAUGGAUUUGGUGGCAUUACAGUAUUGGAUAUAUAAGAUGAUCUGAGCCACGGAACUUCUUAACCCUUUCAUUGAAUCCUGCCUUGUCACAAUGAGUUCCAAUCUCUGGGGUCAAGAGAAAAGCAGCUCCUCCUACUGGGAAGAACGGAUUUUUUACCUACUGAUCCAGGAGUGCAGCUUGCAGGACAAACAGACCCAAAAACAGAUUAAGGUUCCUCGGGGGAGCAUUGGACAGUUUGUGCAGGAGCGGGCUGCACACAGCAGAAGCAUCCCAUCCAAGAGCAAAAAAGUGCAGUUUGCCCUGAAAAUCUUGGAUCAGACCCAUACCCUGAUCUUUGUGGAUGACAAAGAUGUCAUUGAGAUUACGGAAAAGCUGACUGAAUUGCUUCUAGCCAUUACAAACUGUGAGGAGCGCUAUAGUCUAUUCAAAAAUAAAGCCCGGCUUUCCAGAGCCUUGCAAAUUGAGACUGGGUCCGCAGUAAGGGUUUUCCUGAGACCAGGAGAUGGCCACUACCCUGGCGUUGUGCGGUAUAGAGGACCAUUGUUGCCAGAUAGACCUGUCACUGGAAUUUUCUUUGGGGUAGAAUUAUUGGAAGAUGGCCGCGGUCAGGGAUUUACAGAAGGAUCGUACCAGGGAAAGCAGCUAUUCCGUUGUGAUGAAGAAUGUGGUGUGUUUGUGGCCCUUGACAAACUAGAACUGUGUGAGGAAGAUGACGAUGAACUAGAAAGUGACUAUGCGUCUCCAGUAGAAGCCAACCCAACAGAAAUCCCUCCUCUGGAGAUUAACUCGCGAGUGUCUCUGAAGAUCGGGGAGGGUAUGGAAUUUGGAACAGUUAUUUUCUGUGACGUGCUACCUGGGAAAGAGAGCCUUGGAUAUUUUGUUGGAGUAGAUAUGGACAAUCCGAUUGGAAAUUGGGAUGGUCGGUACAAUGGAAUCCAGCUGUGUAGCUUUGCUAGUGUGGAAAGCACUCUCCUUCUGCACAUCAAUGAUAUCAUCCCAGAAUCUGUAAGCCAAGAGAGAAGGCCUUUAAAACUCGCCUUUACAUCAAGAUGUGGAAGUGAGAAAAGCUUAUCCAAUCACAGCAAACCAAAGGUCACAGCAGGAUCUACCUCUGAAUCGGGAAGCCGGAAUCGCUCAGAAUUUUUUUACACUUUAAAUGGCAGCUCUCUGGAAUCCCAACACCAGUCGAAAAGCAAGAAUAGUUGGUACAUGGAUGAAGUCCCCACAGCCCGAGAGAGAUCGUCACGAGGAACUUCUGGUAUCCAAGAGAGCAACCGCUGUGAAGUUGUUGAAGAUACAUCAAAGUCUCUAACAGAAACCUCUCCAUCUUCAUUUGGACACUGUUCUCCACCUCUGCAACCUACAGUGAGCAGCUGCUCCCCAGGAGAGAAUAGAUUCCAUUCUCUCCCAUUUAGUCUCUCCAAGAUGUCCAGUACGAAUGGCACAAUGGGACACACCCCGCUAUCCUUGUCUGUGCAGUCAGUUAUUGGGGAAUUAAACCAUGCAUCCCUGCAGGACAGUCCACCUGGACCUCCACAUCUGUCUAAUAUGCAUGGCCUGGAGGUGGGGUCACUGGCAGAAGUUAAAGAGAACCCUCCAUUUUAUGGUGUGAUCCGCUGGAUUGGACAGCCUCCAGGAGUUGGCGAAAUGUUAGCCGGACUAGAACUGGAAGAUGAAUGUGCAGGAUGCACAGAUGGCACUUUUAAAGGGACAAGAUUUUUCACCUGUGCCCCCAAAAAAGCACUUUUCGUGAAGCUGAAGAGCUGCAGGCCAGACUCCAGGUUCGCAUCACUACAGCCAGUUUCCAACCAAAUAGAACGUUGCAAUUCUUUAGCCUUUGGAGGAUACUUGAGUGAAGUUGUGGAAGGGAACACUCCUCCUAGGACAGAAAAGGAAGGUUUAGAAGUCAUGAUUGGAAAAAAGAAAGGCAUCCAGGGGCACUACAACUCCUGCUAUCUUGAUUCUACUUUAUUUUGUUUAUUUUCAUUCAGUUCUGUUCUGGAUUCUGUCUUGUUGAGGCCGAAAGAAAAAACAGAUGUAGAAUAUUACAGUGAGACACAAGCACUUCUUAGGACGGAGAUUGUAAACCCUUUGAGAAUAUAUGGAUAUGUAUGUGCAACAAAAAUAAUGAAAUUAAGGAAAAUUUUAGAGAAAGUAGAAGCUGCUUCAGGUUUUACAUCAGAAGAAAAAGAUCCAGAAGAAUUCUUGAACAUAUUGUUUCAUCAUAUAUUACGGGUAGAUCCUCUCUUAAAAAUAAGGUCGGCAGGACAGAAAGUGCAAGAUUGCUACUUCUAUCAGAUAUUCAUGGACAAGAAUGAGAAUGUUGGGGUUCCCACAAUACAGCAGCUACUGGAGUGGUCUUUUAUUAACAGCAGCUUAAAGUUUGCAGAGGCUCCAUCAUGCCUGAUCAUUCAAAUGCCUCGGUUUGGAAAAGACUUCAAAAUGUUCAACAAGAUAUUUCCUUCCCUGGACCUGAAUAUCACUGAUUUAUUGGAAGACACCCCCCGGCAGUGCCGCAUCUGUGGCGGGCUAGCUAUGUAUGAGUGCAGAGAAUGUUACGAUGACAGUGAUAUCUCUGCCGGGAAAAUCAAGCAGUUCUGUAAAACCUGCAAUACCCAGGUUCACCUACACCCAAAAAGACAACAUCAUAAGUUCAACCCAGUGUCCCUUCCCAAAGAGCUGCCAGACUGGGACUGGAGACACGGAUGCAUACCAUACCAGAAAAUGGACUUGUUUGCGGUUUUAUGCAUUGAAACCAGUCAUUAUGUGGCUUUUGUGAAGUAUGGCCGGGAUGACUCAGCGUGGGUAUUUUUUGACAGCAUGGCAGAUCGUGAUGGUGGGCAAAAUGGAUUUAACAUUCCACAAGUCACCCCUUGCCCAGAAGUUGGGGAAUACCUGAAAAUGUCCUUGGAAGAACUUCAUGCCUUAGACUCUCGAAACAUUCAGGGUUGUGCGCGGCGGCUCCUGUGCGAUGCAUACAUGUGCAUGUACCAGAGCCCUACUAUGAGCUUGUACAAAUGAACAGCUGUAAGUUUAUGACCUAGCUCUAUAAAGACAGUCCGUAACCUGUAGCAGCUGGCGGAGCGACAGUGCUGCAAAGCAACAAGUAUUCAUAUACAAUGCAGAACGGCUGAUGGAGAGUUUUUCCUACACUAAAAUCCUUUAACCUAUGUGCUGUCAACAACAGUAACUUACAGUUCAACUGUAUUUAAAGGUUUUUGCACUUCAAGUGUUUUUUUUUUUUUUUCUUUUAAGUUCCACUGAAUGUAUGUAACAGUGAAGAUUAAACCUGCUAAAGCUUUAAGUUAUAAUCUAAUUUUAAUGUGUUAUUUUAUUUUUUUUUGUUUGAAAAAGUAUUAAAUAGCACAAAUG